UGUCUGCGUAUCUGGUGUUGGAUGGGGUCUAUCAUUCUAGGAUGUUAAAAUGAGCUGAUGUAGGACAAACUGGAAUAAACUAGUUAGAGACGAUAGACGGAGUGAAUAUUUGCAACAACUUUCACUUUUUAAGUGCCGCUGAAUAUAUGCUAUUCCAAGUGAAGCGUUUCUCACCUGACAAUGACAGGAGACAGCCUAAGACACACGUCUGAUGACAGUGGGCGACAAAUGGUAGAAUAUGAGGACAUAUUGGUUGAAGUUGGACAAAUUGGAUGGUACCAGCUUUCAAUCGUCCUGAUCAUAGAGACAGGAUGGUGCCUGAACACUGGUAUGGACAUGUUACUCUUGAUGUUUGUUGGAGCCAAUCCCGGCUGGACUUGCCCCGACCCCAGCGCCAUCUACAAUCAGUCUGUGACCAAUUAUUCUACCGGGCUAGUGACCACAGCUACCACACUAUACUAUGUGUAUGAAAAUAGCACAGAGUCUGUCCUGGGAGAUGGGGUUGUUCAAAACGGCUGUGGUGUAGAUAAUAAGAUAUGUCCUGGAUACGUCUUCAAUACAGACUACACCUCCAUAGUCACUGAGGUAACGAAGAUGUAUAUUGUAAAAAUUGCUGAUUUAGAACAAUUACUCUUUGUUAUUACGGUACCUGGUCGAUAACAUUGAUUCAUUAUAUUUAUUCGUCUCA